GCUUCGAUUUCUCAGUUCUCCGCUCUUUCGAAACGUAUUUUCCUCGGUUUCUCCCAUUCAAUUCGCAGCUGCAGAACAAACAGCAUUUUAUUUUUGCCUCGGUUGCGGAAAAUUUUGAUUUUCCAUUUUCCUCAGACCAGCCCGCCGAAACGGGGAAAUUAAUUUUUGAAAUUUUUGAAAAAAAAGAGAAAGAAUUUUCGAAAAUGUAUCGAAGUGAAAGCAAGCCGUGUUUCUACAGUACUUUGUGAUAUCGAACAUUUUUCAAAUGUUUUGUGAACAAAAUUAAAUAUUAAUGGACGUUGUGUGGUGGCAUUGGUCGCGAAUAAAUUAAAAAUCAUUUAUUUAUUACACACGUCCGCAGUGCGGAUCAAAACAAAAUCGGAAUCGGAAGCCAGGAGAGUGAAAGGAGAGAGAGAGUGAAAGAGGCCGCCGAAAGAGAGUGCGAAAAAUAGUGACAAAGAGGAACAGCUGCCGGCUGAUUUGUUGUGGAAAGGAAGAAAGAAACAACAAGUAAAACAUAUACUAAACCACAAAGAGAAGUAACCAAAAAAAAAAAGAGUAAAUCAUAGCCAGACAGAAGGACAGAAGAAACUGCCUGAAGAAAAAGGAUAAUAGGAAGUAGUAUGCCAGAGCUGCAGAGAUCGCAAUGAGCAACCUUACGGAACAGGACUACGACAGUGCCACGCCGGCACUGGAACAGCAAAUGAAUCUGGCCAGGCGAGCCUGCUGGAGAAGCGGCAAGGACCUCCCCACGACAGCCAGUCCUAAUCCUGCAAAACCACCGAGUGAUGAAAGCAAAACAAAAAUAGAACCAGAAACUAAAGCCAGAGUUACGAAAGCAACCUGCAAUGCCAGCCCGAGUGGGCUCUUCGGUAAACGGGCCGUCCUGCUCCUGGCGCUGUGCCUCCUCCUUGGCCUCUCCCAGGGGAGACCGAACAUGAGUGUGACUCCUGGCAAGGACAGUGGUCUGGAUGCGGGUGCGGUCACCCAGCUAAAUCUGGCCCAGCCACCGCCGACUGCCGACGUUGCCAAGGAUGGUGAUGAGCCCACGGAACACCCAUCCCACAGACUGCCACGUGCCGAGCCGCUCAAGUCCAAUGAACAGAAUCCCACAGACGAGGAGGAGGGUGGCCACAAAAUGGAAAGGUAUCCGCUCUCCAGCGUGGAUUUUGGCCGUGUUAAGACGCCGUUCAUCAUCGGAAUCUGGAUCCUGUCGGCCAGUAUAGCCAAGAUUGGAUUCCAUAUGACGCCCAAAUUGCAUCUAAUAUUUCCGGAGUCGUGCCUGCUGAUUGUCGUGGGUGUGGUCAUUGGUGUAGUUUUAUAUUUCUGCACCGAUGUCGCCGUAUCCCCCCUAACACCGAACACAUUCUUCUUCUAUAUGCUGCCGCCGAUUAUCCUGGACGCCGGUUACUUUAUGCCCAAUCGAUUGUUCUUCGACAACCUGGGCACCAUUCUGCUGAUGGCGGUGGUCGGAACCAUCUUCAAUAUUGCCACCAUUGGGGGUUCCCUCUACGCCUGCGGCCUGUUUGGCAUUUACGGGGAGGGCGAGACUCCGGGCCUGAUGGACGUCUUUCUGUUCGCCUCCCUUAUAUCCGCCGUAGAUCCGGUGGCUGUGCUGGCCGUGUUCGAGGAGAUUCAUGUCAACGAGAUCCUGUACAUUGUUGUUUUUGGCGAGUCCUUGCUAAACGAUGCCGUUACUGUUGUCAUGUACCACAUGAUGGAGUCCUACAACGAGAUUGGCCUAGACAAGAUAAUUGCCCAGGACAUAGCCAGUGGAGUGGGUUCCUUCUUUGUGGUUGCCCUAGGAGGCACUGCCAUAGGCAUCAUCUGGGGUUUCCUCACUGGUCUAGUCACUCGGUUUACGGAUCAUGUUCGUGUCAUAGAACCUAUUUUCAUUUUUGUAAUGGCCUAUCUGGCCUACCUCAAUGCGGAAAUCUUUCACAUGAGCGGUAUCUUGGCCAUCACAUUCUGUGGCAUCACAAUGAAAAACUAUGUGGAAUCGAAUAUAUCCCAAAAGUCCCACACGACUGUUAAAUAUGCCUUGAAAAUGCUGUCCAGUUCGGCGGAGACCAUUAUCUUUAUGUUCCUAGGCGUGGCCACGGUGAACAAUAUGCACGUAUGGAAUACGUGGUUUGUGGUGCUGACCAUCGCCUUCUGUUCAGUGUUUCGUGUGAUAGGAGUAAUUCUACUGUCGGCCAUUGCCAAUCGCUUCCGCUUGCACAAGUUGUCGCGAGUGGAUCAGUUUGUGAUGUCCUAUGGUGGAUUGCGUGGUGCUGUUGCCUUCGCCUUGGUCCUGUUGGUGGAUGAGAAUGUGGUCAAGCAGAAGAACAUGUUUGUUACCACCACAAUAGCUGUGAUCUACUUUACUGUCUUCCUGCAAGGCAUCACCAUCAAGCCGCUGGUGAAGAUCCUGAAUGUGAAGCGAGCCAAUAAACGCAAGCCCACCAUGAACGAGCGUAUUCACGAAAGAUUCAUGGAUCACUUGAUGGCCGGCAUUGAAGAUAUUGUGGGCAAGACAGGCAACUACAAUGUGCGUGAUAAAUUCAAGCGUUUCGACAAUCGCUUCAUUCGCCCUCUGCUGAUCAGAGAUCUAAAGGGCGCUGAGCCGAAGAUCAUCGAGACGUACUCCAAACUGACAAUGCGCGAUGCCAUGGAGGUGAUGAGACGAAAUCCAUCGACCAUUGGCCAGAUGACGGGCACCGAGUCGAUGAGCGCCCUGUUCCGGAAUUAUACCAAUAACUAUAUUGGCGGCAGGUGGGCACCGCCAACCAUAUACACCACCUGUCCCAGCUUGACAAAUCUUGACAAUACUUGUUCCCGCAAUCUGGAUAUGGCCGAGCUUGAUUAUAAUCCAUCCAAAAAGGAUCUGACUGAUGCCAAGAUCCAUCAUCUCUUGGCCGAAGAACUAAAGCCUUAUAGAAGGGCUUCAAUACAAAUGCACCGUCGUCUUAGUUAUAGCCGACACGCAGUAGAUGACAGAGAUUUGUCCACCCAGGUCAAUUAUAAGAUGCAAAUGAACUUCCGGCGAAUGUUCAAUGAUCGGAAACAUCACAAGCGCAGCAAACGUGGUGCCAGCAAUAAGGAGCCCAAGGAGAAUGUCAAACAAAAUCAUGUCUCUUUCCAUGAUUUUCAACAGAACGGCACCACCAAGCAGCUCACCAAUGGUACGAAUUCGAGUUCAAACCAUUCAAGAAAAAAAUCUUACAGAAAAAGACAUACUCACAAUUCACUUAAAAAAUAUCGUAGAUUAGAAAUAGACUAUAUUAACAAUGUGCUUAACGAAACAGCCGAGGAGUGCCAACAGAACCCCAACGAGAUCAAUGUUGUUGGCCCCAGCGACGAUUGGGAUGACGGCCUGACCUUCACCGCCAAAUCAUCACCUGACUCGGAUCGCGCCAAUAACAAUUCCCUGAUAGCCCACAUCCAAAACCUUCCCGGUUUUGAUGCCUCCAAGGCCCGCAUCGUCGUCCAGCACUAUGCGCCCAAGGUGGACGACAGUCCGGAGCCAGAGUUAGACUCCCCGGAUCCGCCCGUCGGGCCAACGGCGGCCGAGUUGAUAUUGCCUUGGCGGCGGGACCGAUCAUACCAGAGCAUUGUGGCUGAACAUCCGAUACCCGAGGAGGAUCGCAACCUUUCGCGUGAAUCUGAUGGCGAAAGGCGAGUGGCCACACCCACUGCCACGGAAUCCCAGCUGCCGUGGAAACGCCAGGGCGACGAGUGUACGGAUGCAGUGCAGCAGAACGAGUUUCCCGCCUGGGCCUCGAACAAGGAGUACUUGGCCUACAACUCCCCCAGUGCAACAUUCCUAGGUGGUAUAAACAAGCCUAAACAGCCCAAGUCCGUCAUAGGUCUCUUCCGGCGUGAGAGUUCCAGCUCCAAGGCCGGCAGCACCGGAAUCGGCAGUACGGGUACCGUGGAUGGCGCCGCCAGCAGCGCAGAUCCCAUGGUUGUGCCUUCCUCCCAAGCCAUCCAACCGCCGGCGGUGGGUGGCGGACCGGGUCCGUCGACAUCGAUGCAAAAUCCCCGGCUGGACAAGCGCUCCCAGUCGAUAUCAUCCGGUUCGCUGGGCGCCGGAGCCCAUCAACUCGGACCGGAUGGCCAUUCCGGUCCAUUUCCGGUUACGGCUAGUCAUCGGCGGAAUGUGCGCAGAGGCUCCAUGCUGGAGCUGAGCGGACUCAUUGCAACUGGACGCAGGCCCAGUAGAAUUUUGCAAUUUAGUCCAGGAGCAACUAAUUUACUAGAGUCAGCCACGAUCACAAGUCCUUCUCCUCCACCACCUCCUCCUACUACUACUACUACUACUACUUCAAGAACAACGAAAACAACAAGUACAUCUACCACCAAGAACCACACCAACAAUUCAACAGAAACCACAUCAGGCAGUGCGAGUUACUCGACGCCAACCUCCCCGAGAUCGGAGGAUAGCGCCACAUACUAUCCAAAUGACACAAUACCCGAGGAGUCGUCGUACCAGCAUGGCCACUCCAAGUCCCUCUGCGAGCCGGCGGAUUCGGAUGACUGGGAUGGAGCACCUCUGUCCGCCGCCAGCGGGGCUAACAGCGAGAGAAUGAUGCGGAGCGGGCGGGAACCGCUCCUGCCACGCCCCUCCAACACACCCCGCGCCCAAAUCCGACGCAUGAACGCCGGGGCCGUGGGCGGGGCAGUUGGUAGCCUGGGCGGCCGUAAGAAUCAGGUGACCAAAGCCCUACUCGACUACGAGGACUCCGAAACGGACUCCGAAGAGGACGACGAUGAUGAUGAGGACGAGGAUUUCGAUCUGUACGAUGACGAGAACAUUGUGGUGACCACCUUUACCACGCCAGCAGCUCCGGGCGCCAGGAGACCCGGAUCGAGUCCUGGUUCCGGAUCGGAUGCCACCACCACCACGACGAGCAUUCGGCUGACCCGCAACAACGACGAGAGCAUCAUUUGAGUUUCGAGCACGGAUGGCGAUGUGGAGGAGGAUCUGGAGGACGAUUCCCUCGCAGGACCAUCUCGCCAAACGAAGCGAUUGCGCCGGAGGCUGUUCCAGUACGAGAUGUUCUACUAACCGCCGUUUGGAUACCCAUUUGUAUGACUAGUUUGUAAGCCGAAAGUUGGCCAGGAGCUGCUAAAUAGUUUUUCCCCGAAAAUGGUUUAAAAAAAAAGCUUUAUAAUUAAUAUUAAAAUCAAGAGAAACAAGAAAACAAAUUCGGACAAAAAAUGUAGAUAAAAUAUAGUUGAAAAAAAUAAGAAAAUUGUAUAUAAAAAAAAGAAACCAAUUAUGAAACAAAAAAUGAUUUCUUCUUGAUCGUUUAGGUUGCUUUUUUAACUUCCAGUUUGUGUUUAGAGUGCUAGGGUCCCGAUUGUUAUCCUUAUGUACCAUAUACUUAUAUAUAAAAAAUAAUAUUUAAAACCAAUUAGUGAUUACAGAUGAUGUGUUCCAAAAUAGAAUGAAAGAAAAUUGUUUAAUAACUAAUUAACUUAACAGCGCGUAGCCAAAGUUCAUAUUAAGCCUUUAACUAAAAUUAAUUUCGUUGUUUUUAGUUUUAGGCAAAGUGUACUAAGUUUGAGAUCACACUACUAUGGUACUUAAGCGCAGUACUUAGUUCGAUAAAGUAGCGAAAAAAGCAGAGUUUAGUUAAAUUAUAGCCUUAGUUAGUUAAGGGUUAGGUCCUUCAUUUCCGAAUAUAGCCACAAAGAGUCAAAGAGCAGAAUUUUUCCAAACUGUAACUACAAGAUUUCAGAUUUCAUUUUAUUCACUGGCAUUACUGGCAUUUCUGAGAAAGGCUUUCGCUGACCUAAACUUUAAAUAAAUAAUAAAAUAUAUACACAAAUCAAGUAACUAAUAGACGAAGGGUAAAUGGAAAGAGUUAUGUAAUUUAUAAAUUAUUUUUAUAAAAAUUUAUGAACGAUAAUGAUGGAAUGAUAAUGACUAGAACGAGAGUUUUGUGAAAAUUUUUGUGCGAAUGACCAGAAUUGAGCAAGCCAGGAUUGGAGUAUGAAGCUAAAAUAAUAAUAUGCUCAAAGAACCGUGUAAAUUACACCCCAGGGCCUAGGUAACUAAAUACACUAUGCUGAUGUAGUUUUCGAAGAAACACUAUAGCCAAUAUCCAGAUGUUAAUGGAACUCUGGAACCUACCUACCUAAAAUUAUUCGCGGCGAGUCGUGGAAUAUAACACACAUACCUACCUACUACGAUCAAUGUAAACUACUAUAUAUAUUUAAAAACAUAUAUAUUUUGUAACUCAUGAGCAACUGGCUUAGUGUACCAACUCUUUAUUUGACCAUCAACCUACGACCUAAGUAUUAUGUUCUAUCCAAGAAAUUGCCUUCUGAAUAUGCACACCAGAUCAUUUCAAAUAUUAUUUGUAUCGGAAAGACAAUAAACAGCUACAAGAUGA